UGGAACCAGUGUUAGUUAGAAAUAAACAAUCGAUAAUAUGUGUAAAAAAAAUACAAAAAAAUUAAUCACAAAAUAACAAAAAAAAAAAAGUGUGCAAACAUAAAAAUUAAAAAAAAAAUAAAACACGAAAAAUUAUUAACAAAUAGUUUGUUAAAAAUUUUAAAUUAAAGUUAUAUAGAAUAUUUUAUUCGAAUUCGAAAGAUGUCCGUAAUUGCCGGCCCGCCCAAAGCGGGAAUUGAGGAAGCAAUUCCCGUCUGGAUGAAGAUCGAUUGGCCACCAGAGAUCGUGCAUAACAUUUUUAAAAACUGGGGCACCUACUAUGCACUUCGCCGUCAAGAUAGUAAUUCGAUCGAGUACUUCACCAAAGCAAUGGAGCUCGAUGAUACGGACUAUUUGUCAAUCUAUGGUCGAAGUCAAAUUAAAAGAAUGGCUGCACGUCUUGAGGGCGCUUUAGCUGAUGCCAAACUUGCAGCAGAGUUGGCAAAGAAACAGAAAGCACCUAAUGUGCUUAUAAAUUUCGAGUAUUGCUGUGAUCUGUUUGAAUUAAACCAGUUGGAACACAGCAAAAUCGAGAUAUCGAAUAAUUUGAAACUUUUCAAAGAUAUUACCGCCUCAAUUUUUAAGGAGCGUGAAAUUGUGAUUGAUUCCGUAAUACAAGAUGCCACUGGCAAGGCAAUGUCUUUGUUUCUUUUACAAAACCAAAAAUUGGUUCAAAAAGUUUUUAGAAUUAACGAAGCCAAAGCAAGAGUUGACAGACGUCUUUUAUGGAAAAUUCAGCGUGAAGAGAAGAAAUGUGAUGUUCUUAGUGUACUCGAGGAAGUGGAAGAGAUUUUAUCGCCGCUGGAAAUUGCGCGCCGAAAGCGUGCGUUUAACAUAGUUCAUCAGACAUAUAUGAAUAAGACUUGGAUUGAUUUCGUUUUUAUGAGACUGUUGACAGAGAAUAAAAGCUUACAUCUUGAUCAAUGCAAACGUUCUCAAGGCUUGUUACAAAAACUUGUCUUCGAGCAAUAUAAGAUCAUCAGAGAAUUUGUGAAAAUGAUACAAACUCGUAGUCCUCUGUAUUAUGUGAAUUACAUCAAAUUUCGAAACUUGGCAAUGCUAAUGAAGAGCAAACAGGCAUAUCUAUAUCGAACCCAAUACCAAUUGCAUCGGAAUAUGAUUGCUCAUCUUAAGGAAAUUCAUAGACUUCGAAAGGAGAAAAGUCUUCAGAAGCUUGUCAGUUAUGUUGAGAAAAUAAUGGGCAAGGAUUAUGUGAAGAGAACAAAUCGUGUGAUGUGCUGGAAAUUUGAAUUUGUAAAUGAGGUUUACAACAUUUUGGCGUUGGCCCUUACUGAGCAAUAUUCGAUUCCCAAAAAUUUCAGGCCAUCUAAUGCGUCAAUGGUGCAACUAUUACACUUGCCAGCGGACACGAUAAAGGAAAUAGUUCCAUUCGUUUUUGGGGAUCGAUCGACUCAUGAUGCAACAGAUACUCUGGAUAUCGAGGGAAAAAAAUUAAGGAAACGAAUUUCUCAUCUUGAGAAUCUGAUUAGAUUUACAAAUUUCUCUAUAGAGAAAUGUUAUUUAUAUUAUCAGAUCUCUGAUGUCUAUUUAUCCCAAGGGCACUCUGAAGAAUGUUGCUUUAAUGCUCGCAAAGCCAUCAAAGAAAGCGAAAUCUGCAAUAACUUAAUUUGGAAAUUUUUAAGCAAUGUGCAAAUUAUUAAAGCCAACAGAAUACUCCAUAAGGUGGAACGUGUUGCAGAUGCUUUGGAAAAGACUCUUCCCAUUGCAGAACAGCUUUGUUCUUCCCGGCUUGUUAAUUUCAUCGAGAUCUGCAUUAUAUGUAAUGAAUUGGAAAUUACUAAAAAGUCGAAUGCUUCAUCUCACGGAGCCUUUAGUUAUACAUCUAUUAAUUAUGGUGAAGAGCGUCAAUUGUAAAUGUAUUUAUUAAAUCUGAAGUAAAUUGAAAAAUA